AGUAGUGGAAUGCGGUGGGCGUCAGAGGACUGAGGGAGUGAAUCGGUGUAACAGUUUUUUUAAAGUUGAAUUGUGAAUUAAUUAAGUGACGCUCACCCUUAUAGUAUGACUGUAUUAAUAUGUAGUACAGAACAAUAUAAUAAGUCACUGAAAUUUGUUCAGACCUUGUAUGGCUCGGGUAUACGGCCUAUGGUGGUAUGGGCAACUCAUGAAAAUUACUCAACCUGGAAACGUUGUGUUUGGUGAGGUAGCAAGAGACUGGGUGCUUGUUGGGAGUAGCAUUGGGUCUUUCCUCUGCUUCAUACACCCUGCCAAGAGGGGGACGUGUGGGUGGACUGGUUGGCCAAGUUCACCCCUAAUGCACCACAGCUCCUCACUAUGACACACUGACGACUCGCCUCAGUACUACGCCAUUCAUUCUGGCUGCGAUACUCACGACACUUAUUUAUCUACUCGUUCAUUAUCAUUUUGUGCUUCGCUUAUCAAAAGUGUUAUCUGCAGGGCUAUCAACUGGCAUCUGUCAAAUGCAGACGUCAUUAAUUUAGUAACAUUUUAGUGCCGUCAACCAUAGUAUCUUAUCUAGUUAGGCAGCCAAAAUCUGCGGCUAUUAACUCAAAAACCAAUCCUUGUGUUUAUGAAGUUUAUUGACUGGCAUCCUGCUGGUCACCGUAACAACCAUCAGCUCUUCACGUAUCAACUUUGGCAGCUGCGGCCUUGUUGUAUCAAGUGACACGCUAUCAGACAUACUGUGAAUCAACUUGGAUAAAUUUGGUUAGUUGUUGUUUUCCUGUGAUAUAAAACCAGUCACCCUCAGUAUGGCUGGAACACUUGACGUCCGUCCGUCUGCCUAAAAUCUCAACACGUCAUUCAUAUCUCCAGUCUCACCGUCUUGUAGCACUGAGCUUAUCUGUGAUAGAGUACACCCUCCUAAAGGAACGGGUCGGAAGGGAUUAAAGGGAUCAUCUCGGUUGUGAAGGGGUGAUCUUGUAGCUGGUGAUAAAACUUCUGCCUCUGUAGUAUUAUACGGGUUACUGUUACUCAUCUGUCUAAUAUUGAAUACACUGACCUUGAACUAUACUGGAAUUCACGCGCUUGCGAGUGGACUCUACCUACACUUGGUCACGGACUGUACUGGGGUGCGGCUGAGGUUAGGACAACAGUCUUAGGUGUCACCAUCAUGACCAUUACGUAUACCAGCCAGGUGGCCACCUGUCGUGGCUUCGGCUGUUUCUGGAAACUUCUCUUCAGGUGGAAGGGAAGCAUCUACAAACUGGUGUGGCCAGAGCUGCUCGUCUACACUAUCGUCUACUACCUCUUCAACUUCUUGUACAGAUUCGUCCUCAGCGAUGACCAAAAGAGGAUAUUUGAGAAUGUAUCAGUGUUUUGCCAGUACUUCAGUGAUUUAAUUCCGCUGUCAUUCGUGCUUGGGUUUUAUGUGUCCAUUGUGGUUCAGCGAUGGUGGGAACAAUACAUGACCAUCCCCUGGCCUGACUCUCUGGCACUCUUUGUGUCUACAUCCAUCCAUGGCCAGGAUGAGCGAUCACGUCUGAUGCGGAGAACUGUCAUGCGCUACGUCAAUCUAACUGAACUCCUCACGUUUAUCAUGAUUAGUCCCACUGUCAAGAAGCGGUUCCCUACCCUUGAUCACUUGGUUGAAGCAGGUUUCAUGACAACAAAUGAGCAAAAAAUUUUUGACGCCCUUGAUGCAAAGACGUCUCACCCAAAAUACUGGAUGCCACUUGUUUGGGCAGGUAGUAUUAUUACAAGGGCAAGAAAGGAAGGCAGGAUCAGGGAUGAUUUUGCUGUCAAAACAAUCAUAGAUGAGAUCAACCGGUUUCGAGGAUUAUGUGGAGGGCUUUUGAGCUAUGAUUGGAUUAGCAUCCCAUUAGUGUACACCCAGGUUGUGACUCUGGCUGUUUACUCAUUUUUCCUGGCAACCAUCAUGGGUCGUCAGUUUCUUGACCCCAAACAAAAUCUUGACAAAUACAAUGUUGACUUCUAUGUGCCAGUCUUCACAUUUCUGCAGUUUUUUUUUUACAUGGGUUGGCUGAAAGUUGCUGAAUCUUUGGUUAAUCCUUUUGGUGAAGAUGAUGAUGAUUUUGAAGUCAAUUGGCUGGUGGAUCGCAAUUUGCAGGUAUCAUACCUUAUUGUUGAUGAGAUGCAUUGUGAACAUCCAGAACUUAUCCAAGACAUGUACUGGGAUGAAGUAUUUCCCCAGGAGCUUCCUUAUACCAUUGCUUCAGAAGCAUAUAGACGGGAACCUCCUCAAGGUUCUACUGCAAACAUUGAGGUGCCGGAGACAGAACAGGAAUUCUUACCAAUGAUGGAGGAGGAAGUGGAUGAGGGAAUAGAUGCAUCCAUGUCAUGUUUAAAGGUUGAUAUGGAAAAUGGAGAAUCAAAAGCUAUUGAUAUACUAAAGAAAAAAGGAAUUUCAAACUCCACAUAUGGAAUAGCAUCUUCCCAGCCCAUACCAUCUCGGAAACCUUCUAUGUUAUCAAUGCUGUGGCACCGGAUGAAAUCAGAGAGUCAUGAUAAUGUCAGACAUCUAACUGUGAGACCCAAUGCGAGCACCACAUCAUUUCGUCAGAGACGUCAACGUGACUUGAGGAGAUCAUCCUCAAGAAUGUCAACAUCAUCACAAGUUACUUCCAGGAGCCCCGAAACAUUUGCAAGAAAUCCAACUAUCGCAACACAGGAUAGUGCCAUCUUCCGCAUGUCAGACCUGUCUCUUGAUGGUCAAACCCCUGAUGUUUCGAGCCCAAGACAUAAAGGCAGAAAUUCCUAUGAUUAUGAUGAGCCAAUACUGAUCAAGAUAAAACGCAGAGAUAAAGAUGGUCAUGUCAUUCUGUCACAAUCUUCUGAUGACUUCGAAAGUACAAAUGAAUCAAGUAGAGGGCAUAUUUUACCCAAACAUAAGAAGCCAAGAUUAAAUAAAAUAUACAGUGAGCACACUAUGAAUAGUGAAACGAUAUCUCCAGUAGACAGAGAGUAUGGACAUACAGACAAAGGUCUAGGCAGCAAUGCUUCCAUCCGCACUUCAAUUUUCCAGGGAGAUGGAGAUGACUUUCUAUCAAGCGAUGAGGAUAAAACAGAAUUGUUGCAGGAAGAUAGAAGAGGCCAAAGCACCAUAAACCUCAAAGGAUUUACCAAGAUGAUAAGUCAAACAAAAUCAUUUCAUGGGGAGCCCAGUGCUUCAUCGUCUCCUAUAAAAUCCAGUAGUGGAUUCUUAGCUUCCGGGACAUCAAAUCCAGAGCAGAUUUCACAUGCAGGAUAUGACAGCAAAGCCAGUAGGUCAUAUAAACAGGAUGGGGCCUGUACUAGUGAACCAGCAUCUCCUUCUCCCAGGUCUCUAGAAAAACACUGGCAAACAACCCAGAGUCUUGCCACACUUGAUGCAUCAAAUACUAAUAGUGGGAAGAUCAAUGCUGUGGCUCCUCUUACAUCAGCUAACUUAGAGGAGUCCUCUCUAUAUAAACCUUUCAGUGGAGAUCUGAAUGUAUUUGCCGUAGGAACUAGUCCAGAGGUCUACAGUCCUGAAGAAAUGUUUGGUUGUCAAAAGGUGGAGCAAAUUGCUGUAAAUAUUGAUAAUGUAGAGCUCUCAGGAGCAAAGGACAUACCUGUACUAGAAACUAUAAUUGAAGGUCCUCUGGAAACUAUAUCUGAAGAUAAUUUAGACCAUGUGAACGAAGGUAGAAAUAUAAUUGUCUCAGAAAGUGAAUUAGGGUUAACAUUGGAAACUAAUAAUAAUAAUAUUAGCAAUCAAGAAAACUAAAGAAAUUUUUGUCAUCUGAUAAACACAUAUAACUAAAAGACUAUUCAUUAACUGUGUUAAAAAUUAUCUCAAGUAAUUUUAAAUAAUUUUUAUGCCCUUGUUAGAGGGAGAAAUUUAUGUUAACCACGUCCGUCCGUCCGUCCAUAUGUACAUCUCAAAUUGAACUAAACUUGGAAGACAUAGUGACCAUCAUAUACAUACAGACAUGCAAAUUUAGAUGAUAUACGUACCUUGAUAAAAAUCACAGUAGAAGGUCAAAGUUCAAAACUUUUGCCAGAAGCACAACUUUUGCACUGUAUUAAUUCUGGCAUCACAAGAAUUUCAUUGCUACACGAAGUGCUCAUUACCAAACUCUAAGUUCAUAUUAAAGUCAAGAUCACAUGACCUCAGAGAUUAAAAAUUUGUUUGGAGUUAUGGGGCUUGUAUCAAUGUACACUAUAUGAUUAAGCAAAGAGUCACUGCUGAAUGUCAAGGGUCAAAAGGUCCAGGUAAUAACUCUCAUAUGAAUACAUAUAUACAGUAAAACCUCCCUAAGUUGAACCAAAAGUCUGACUUACAGUAGCAGUAAUACUCUGUUGGUGCCCCCUGUCAAAAAUUUUAUCUAAAAACUUACUAAAACCCUAAAGAAUAAAAUGUAUAGGCUAUAUUACAGUAAGAUCUUGUAUUUCAUGAGUAAUAUAGAUGGGAAAAAUUGCACCAAAUUCAAAUUUGCCAAAUGCAAAUACAUAAA